AUGAUUCGACUAAUCAGUAUUCCAGUCGCUUUGGCUGGAUAUAUUUACGGCCUGUGGUCAAUAUUUGCCUUCACGUUUUUCCUCAUCAAUGCUCAAAAAUUCUCUCCGGCUCUUUCUGUAAUCUUCCCUUAUUCAAUCGAUGACGAAUCAACAAAUUUUGGUCAAACAGGCGACAAAAUGAUGAACAACGCUCUUUUCUUCGGCUUAUGGGCGUUUUUCCACUCUCUUUUUGCCAGACCAGGUUUCAAGCAGAUUCUGAACUUGCCCAAGGAGCUUGAAAGACCGAUCUACUGCUUCCAAUCCGGUUUCUUUCUCCACCAGGCUCUGAAAAAUUGGCAAUCAAUGCCUGUUGUUCUUUUCGAGCCUCCAGAAAUGCUGAAAAAUUUCAUGAUCGGAGGAUACGUAAUUGGCGUUUUAUGGCUUGUCAGUUCUACAUUUGCGAUCGACCAUUUCGAGCUUUUCGGCCUCCGACAAGGACUUGGAAUGGGGAAUCUCCUCAAAUUUGUGCCUGAUGGAUUUGUGACGAUUUUGCAUUAUCGACUCGUUCGGCACCCGAUUAUGACUGGUUUCUUCAUGAUGCUCUUUUCGAUCGUUGAAUUUACCGCUGGAAGGGUCUUCAUCGCUGCUUUUAUUGCUUCUUACAUUUUGUUCGCGAUCAAAUUUUUGGAAGAGCCGGAUUUGGUCUCUGAAAUCGGACCAACUUACGAAGAAUACAUGAAAAGGACUCCAUCUUUCAUCCCUUUCCUGAAAAGCUGCCCUUUCUCAAAGAAAUCACUGAACAAAGAUGAAUAA